AUGCAUUUGUCGUCUGUGCACUCAGCAGAAGAGGAACGUUUUAUAGUGUCCGGCAUCAGACAAAGCAGCGAUUACAGCGCUGGCUCAGUUUACUGGCUCGGCGCGAGGAUCGAGAGGAUCAGCGAGAACUUCAGCUGGGUGGAUGGCAGCGCUUUUGACUAUCAAGCCUGGCCGCCUUAUAAUGAUACUGAAGAACCAGAAGAGGCUUGUAUGGGUGUUCAGUGGAAAACAUCACCGGUCCCCUCACAACCCAGCGGAUUGUUCUGGACACUACAAAAAUGCAGCGUCACCGGUGGCUAUGUGUGCAAGCGUCGCCUUAACGCCGAGCAUGUCAUAAGAAAUAAAACAAUUGAAGGGAAUUCAGGUGAUUUAUCUAGUCCGAAUCAUCCAGGCUUGUAUGACAACGAUUUGGACUAUUGGAUUCAUGUUACUGGACCUCCGGACACUCGGCUUAUCUUUGUCUUCCAUACCAUCGACCUCGAGUACCAAAAUGACUGCCUUUAUGAUUUUGUUGAGUUAAAGGAUAGAUUCAGCACGAAAUCAUCACGAUACUGCGGCUCAGUAGGAGAGACCAGAUGGGUAGCGACGAGCAAUGAAGCGACUUUGCAUUUCCACACUGAUUAUAGCAUUCAAGGUUCUGGUUUCUCACUAUCGUGGCGUGCAGUGGAAUUAGUCGGUUGUCCAUCCCAGACAUUUACAUCCAAAGAAGGCACUCUACGGAGUCCAAACUACCCUCAUUUUUUACUACCUGGCCUCGAUUGCACUAUUGACAUACUGGCUCCUACAGGAAAACGAGUAUUUCUUAAUAUCAGCUACUUCGACUUUGGAUAUGGAACGUUCGAGAAUGGCGUUCCCUUAAAUGUAACCGAGGCUAUCCCCGAGGACACUUUUUUAGAAAUUCAAGUAGACUCUGAGAGCAUUCCGAUAAGGCCUUUCGUGAAUCCAAAGAUACUUACAAACGGGAUGUUCGUCUCUCGAUCUGAAAUCCUGAGGCUGAGGCUGAGAACUGGUGAAAACGUCACUGGUGCAGGUUAUUUAGCGCAUUUUAAGACAGUAAGUUAUCUCAAUUUAAGCCAUGUGGUGGAACUCCGAGGUCUCCACUCCGGUCGACUGUCGGCUCCCAAUUGGCCAGGCCUGCCACCGCUCCGCGCUAAAAUAUCAACCAGGAUCAUGGCGCCGCAUGGUUACACGCUAUCAGCUGCAUUUUCAAAAACCCGUCUUGUUGCUCCACCUUCACCAAUAUGGCCAUGCGGGGAAGGAGAAGGGUGGAUCGAGGUUAGAGACAGUUACACCGACAACAAUGGCACUGAGUGGACGCUGUGCGAGGUCGACAGGAGUAGAAGGAAGAUAGAAAGCACAGCGCCUUUAAUCAUCAACUCCUACCUGCAUUCUCUGAUGGUGACGCAACACGCCGGUGAACGUGGUGUCAACAUUGAUGUUUCGCUAAUAGUGAAUAAAGAUCCCGAAUAUCACAAUAAAUUGCUGAUUAUCCCCGAGGAGACGAAUUUAGAGUCUUGUUAUCCGAAUCCAUGCAUCAAUGGCGGUCGCUGUGCUACGGACGAGUCAAAAAACUUCUGCCAAUGUGCUGGAUAUUAUACUGGCAUAUUCUGCGUGCUGACGGCGUGCGAGCGGUCGCCGUGCGUGUUCGGGAACUGCUCGCUGGCGGCGGGUGGGGCGGGGGGCGGGGCGGGCGGCGAGGCGUUCGUGUGCGCGUGCGCGCGCGGCUGGCGCGGGCGGCGCUGCGCCGAGCGCGUGCGCGCGUGCGCGGCGCGGCCCUGCAACCACCGCGGCGCCUGCCUCGAGCGCGACUCCGGCUUCCUCUGCCAGUGCAACCCCUCCUGGAAGGGCAAGAGAUGUGAGAUACCGAAUCCUUCACCUAAUAUCGUCGGCCUUGGGACAAGAAUGCUUCAUGAGCCCUUUUGGCUUGGCCUGAUAGCCGUCUUCGUGGUGCUCGGUAUCAUAGGUCUCGUCUGGUGCGCCAAAAGACACUUCCCGGAGAAAAUCGAAAAACUCCUUGCCGAAGAAGCUGACAGAUGCGCAAGACCGCCGGUGCUACGCAGCGAGCCGCCGCCGCACCGCACGCUGCUCACGCGGCUGGGUAUUCGCAAGCCGUCCGUGACGGGACUAGCGCCGCGCCCGCGCGCCGCCCGCACGUUUAGUUUGGACGAUCUGUUAAAGCCGCCGCACGGACGAAGUCCAUCGCCGCGUAAAAAACGCAAUAACUCUACACCGACAAAGAAAAAUGCAGCAGAGAAAAAGCAAAUUCUGCAACAACUAAUUAGUCCAGCGUCAGCCAAUGACCAUUCAAAGAAGAUAACAAUGGGGGAGCUAAUACAAAUGUCAGAGAAAAAAACUUUAAGCACGGUGGAAAGCGCCCCAGCGUUUGUUGAAUACGGAAUAGAAAAUAAAGACACAUCGUUUGCUAGUGAAGGAUCGACUCCAUCAACCUCGCCGUCAAUGCGUCACAUAUCAGAUCCAAAACUAGAAAAGAAGGUUACAUUUGCAAGAUUAUUGAAUAAAGUUUCAGCCGAAAUGAGUUCCAGCUCUGAUGUAGAUAUGGUUAACACUAUUACCAUUCCAAUGGCAGUAAUAGCUGAUCGAACUGUGAAAACUAAAUCAUCAAGUACACCGCCCUCUCCCGGUGUGGAAGUUAGAUCACCGCAUAGUACAUCGAGCAAUCAGGGAAGCGAUUCAAUGUCCAGUCUGGAUUUGAACUUAGCCCAUGCAGCUUUAAAAAAAUAUUCAAGGACCCCAAAAAUAUCAAGUGCGGACUCAAUCCUUGCAAUGUUCCGCAACUUUUCUUCUUCAUCGGCAGCUGUAAUAUCCAGGGCGUCGUCUGGAGGUAUAUCAGCAUCCAGCACACCAACAGCGUCGUCACCGCAAGAUGAUACUGUGGAUGAUGACCUAUCUAUUGCUUCCUCUCACAUACCGUCUCUGGCCCCUGACUCGCCAGUCGCUAAACCUCACAACACCAUAGAAAUACAGGUUCUUGACCCACUCAGUGCUCAUAAAUCAACGCCAUCGGGAAGUAACCUCCUCCACCCGCCAUCAAUCCUACUUGAGGUUCCAAGCAGCAUAAACAAGUGCCUCUCACCAAUACGCGAGUUGCCUACACCAUUACCAACUCCCCUUCCUACACCUUUGGCAACACCGUUGCCUUCGCCGCGAAUGCCAAGAUCUAAGAUGGAAUCUGAUAUUAAAAAGGAAUCGACCACUUGUCUGUCACCCAGUGAAGAUGAGUUAGAUGAAAUCAAAGCGGAGAAAACUGAAAGACCUACUUCUGGUUUGCGAUUAAAGUUGCGGCAACAGACUCUCUGCAUAGAUACACCAACGCCGUCCACUCAUGUGACUGAGUCGCCUAGUCCAAGCUUUACGCACAGUCAAGACUCUGAACGCGAAAUGUCCUCUCCCUCUCCGGCCCCACCAACAUUAAGAGUACCCGUUCUCACUAUAGAGCGCCCUUCACCAGGCUCCCCUCCUCCAAGACGAACUCCUCCGCAUUUAGAAUUUCAACCACCGCCUUUAAUCACUGUAACUUACAACGCCAGUGAGGAAUCGGAUGAACCACUAUCACCAAGACCUCCACCAGCAUCGGCAAAUAUGUGCUAUUUAAGUCCUUUCUCAAUGUCUGCUCGAGGAGAGAGAGCGCCAUCAGAAUCAAAUUUAUCCUCAUCCGGUUACAGUUCUAUGGCAAGUCCGGGUCCGUCCAGAUGUGGCUCGAGCAACCCUUUGUGUCCGUCUGAAAUGGAAGAUCCGGGGUCAGGCGGUGGACCGUCAUGUUUUCAAUCUAGACGGCGACCCUUAAUGAAAACCAAUUCCAGCCCAGCCAGUUCAAAUAACGAAACAAAUGAAAGGCGUCGCGGAAGGUCCGAUUCAGAAACCUUAUCCGAUGAUCCAUUACUGGAGUCUAAUGAUGAAGGAAUUGGAACUGAUGAACGGAUAGAUGAUGUACCCACGAGCGCUAAGGAAAUGGAAAAUUUGGCUAUUUUAAAAGAAACUUUAGAAAUACCACAAAUUUGUUCUCCGAGUGGAGUAACAAAGUGUUCUAUAGUAAAAUGCAUAAGUGUAGAAAGAGGAUUAGAUGGAAGUUUAAAAUCCCCUAUGUUGCUAUCCGAUGGUAGUCGCCCUCUAAGCCCUGUUAGUCCGCGAAGCGAAAGUCCUGUAAGUGAUAGAACUGGUUUGGGCUAUUUUUCUCCACAGUUUUACGGUCGUCAGCUACCAUUUACUGACUCUGAUGGGUUAUAUGACUUCCCUAGUUCAGAAUGUGUAAAAGGAGGUAGUUAUAAAGUAGGAAACAGUUCACAUAGAAAAGCUGGAAGGAGAAGAGACAGGCGCACAUCCAGGACGGUUUCACAAGAGGUUACGGGAACAUCUAAAUCAACGCUUCCACAUAUGCCACAUUCAAUGCACAAUUUGCUAGAGGUACCAUGUGGUAACCGUGGUCGUAAAGGUGGCAGACGUCGCUCACGUUCACAAGCUCCAGCACUUGCAUCUUCUUCAUCAUCGGAGGACUCCGUCUCUAAUGCGUCGGUAGGGUCUGUUGCAUCGGCACGGGAACUAAGACUGCCUCCGGAUUUAGAAAUGCAUGACACGGCUUCAAAAAUUUCGUCAAGUUUGGAUCUAACUGAAGACUCGCGAAAGCCUAUCAAAGUUAAUAAGCUGCGAACGAUAAGUAACCAAAUAAGAUUUCUCCGACGCCUGGAACGCAGCCUAAAAAUGAAGGAGAGUUAUCCCGCCCUUUCAGAUGAUGAAGGUGAUGAAUCAUCCAGUGUAACAUCACCCUUGUUGCAAGGGCGUAAGGAAUUAAGUCACAUGACUGGUCAUGCGAUUACUGCACCUCUGUUGGGCGCAGCGAGGCCUAAAAUUGUAAGGCAAAGACGUUAUGAUAAAUCUUUAUUAAGUGAAGACACUAGGACGUUAAAUAACGCUGCAGGGAACGACUUUUCUGAUUAG